AACUUAUUGGACAGCGGAAGUGCGUAAUAGAGUCGGGAAAAGUUGAACAUCCUUUUGCAGUAGAAAAGUUACCUUAAGUGAAAAUAGUUAAUAAAAGAAUGUCGCGAAAUCAAUUGCCAGACUCGUCCUCGUCGCCUCCCAUUAGUCAUCUACCCUUUCACAAUUUCGACGAUGAUCUGAUCAACGAUCUGCCCUCCUGCAUUUAUGCUGGCCAGCAUCAGGGUGGAGGAGCCACCGGCGGAGGUGGUGGUGGUGGGUCAGGAGGAGGCGGCGGCAACUCAGCGCUGCGCCUCAAUUCCAACAACCUGCGCCACAUCCAGCAGCAUUAUAUGCAACACAGCGGAGAGAAUCUGCUGGACUCCUCCACCAAUCCUAUGGGGGUGCACAAUGCCGGCGGCGGAGCACCCCUGAUGUGCAACAGUCCCAGUGCCAGCAGCAGCGGAGGCGGUGGCAACAACGGAGGAUCAGCCACUCCCGGCGGCGGAGGUGGCCCCAAUCCCGGCUAUGGAGCCGUGGGAGCCACAGCGGCGUCCAGCUACAAGAUGCAGCGACAGGCGGCCAAUGUGCGGGAAAGGAAACGCAUCCAGAGGUCCGCCCCAACUGGGUACACCAAAUGUAGCAUCAAUUCGGCCUUCGAUGAGCUGAGGGUGCACGUGCCCACUUUUCCGUACGAGAAACGUCUGAGCAAGAUCGACACUCUGCGCCUGGCCAUCGCCUACAUAUCCCUGCUGCGCGAGGUGCUGCAGACGGACUACGAUCCUCUGACCUAUGUGGAGAAGUGUCUGCGGGGCGAGAUCAAAGCGGACAGGGCCAAUUGGAAUACGAAUCUCACGGCUCGGCUUUCCUGGAUUAACUGGGAGAACCUGGGCGUCCAUCCUGGCAGGCGCACUCUGCUCACCUCGCUGGCUCUGUCCUCGGAGCCCCUGUGCGGAGCCCACUGCGGAAUGCCAUAGAUGUGA